AUUUUAGGAGCCAGUUCCAUAGUAUCCUCCUGGUCAGCAAACUGCCUCCGAGCCCCUGAGCUUUUCAACAAAUUUGUCCAAGAUUGGCUGUCAAGAAUCAUGGACUGUUUUUCUAUGCCUUGUUUUCUGUCAAGACACCAUGAUUCCUGGUAACCGAAUGCUGAUGGUCAUUUUAUUAUGCCAAGUCCUGCUAGGAGGCAGUAACCAUGCUAGCCUGAUACCUGAGACCGGCAAGAAGAAAGUGGCCGAGAUUCAGGGCCAAGCCGGAGGAAGGAGGUCCGCUCAGAGCCAUGAGCUCUUGCGGGACUUUGAGGCUACCUUGCUCCAGAUGUUUGGACUCCGCAAACGGCCGCAGCCCAGUAAAGAGGUGGUGGUCCCCGACUACAUGCGGGAUCUGUACAGGCUCCAGUCCGCGGAGGAGGAGGACGAGGUGCAGGAGAUUAACCUGGAGUACCCCGAGAGACCCACGAGCCGAGCCAACACAGUGAGGAGCUUCCACCACGAGGAUCAUUUGGAAUACGCACCCGGAACAGCGGGGAAUGCAAGUGUCCACUUUAUCUUCAACCUCAGCAGCAUUCCGGAAAAUGAGGUCAUUUCUUCUGCCGAGCUGAGACUCUAUAGGGAACAGAUCGAACAUGGGGUAAAUUGGGAAGAGGGUUUCCACCGGAUAAAUAUAUAUGAAGUCAUGAAACCUCGUUCAGCAAAUGGGCACACGAUUACUAGGCUGCUGGACACAAGGCUAAUCCAUCACAAUGUGACGCGGUGGGAAAGUUUUGACGUGAGCCCUGCAAUUAUGAGGUGGACCCAGGAUAAGCAGAUAAACCAUGGACUUGCUGUCGAGGUGAUCCACCUCAAUCAGACCAAAACGUAUCAGGGGAAACAUGUCAGGAUUAGCCGAUCUUUAUUACCUCAAGAGGAUGCAGACUGGUCACAGAUGAGGCCACUUUUAAUCACUUUUAGCCAUGAUGGCAGGGGACAUGCACUAACCAGGAGGUCCAAAAGAAGUCCAAAACAGCAGAGAGCCCGGAAAAAAAACAAAAACUGCCGGAGACAUUCCCUCUAUGUGGAUUUCAGUGACGUGGGCUGGAAUGAUUGGAUAGUGGCGCCACCUGGGUACCAGGCUUUUUACUGUCACGGGGAUUGCCCGUUUCCCUUGGCUGACCACCUGAACUCAACCAAUCAUGCUAUUGUACAAACGUUGGUCAACUCUGUAAACUCGAGUAUCCCAAAAGCGUGCUGCGUCCCUACAGAACUCAGUGCCAUUUCCAUGCUCUACUUGGACGAAUACGACAAAGUAGUUCUCAAAAACUAUCAGGAGAUGGUAGUGGAGGGGUGUGGAUGCCGUUAAAACCUAAAACUGAUACAUAAACAGACUGCUUGUUAUGGGCUGGACUUCCUUCAACCGAAAUGUUCACCUUGACCUUAUUUAUGACUUUUAUGUGCAAAUGUUUUGACAAUAUGAUCAUAUAUUUUGACAAAAUAUAUUUAUAACUACAUAUUAAAAGGAAAAAAAAAUAAAAUAAGUCAUUAUUUUAAACAUAAGCUACUUCUUUGUACAAUGUGUUUAUAAAUGUACAUUAGGAUGAAUAUGGAUUUAUUGGGAAUAGAUUAUUUUUUUUUCUAUAAAUGGCUUUUAUUAGUUUUUAUAUUUAUUAGCGAAAUGGCUUAAAUUCUCUUUUUUUUUAAUGUAAAUUAGUCUGGGGCAUGUUAGUUGUCUGCGUGUCACUGUGGCAUUUGAAUACCCAAACUCCUGAGGUUUAAAACCACUUGACUUGCUAACCUGUGUUUUAAUGUUGUUUUGUGUUCUUGUUUGUUAUGCUAACGCCAAGCUUAUUUUACCUCCCACCCUCCCGUUGUAUAUUCUUAAAGUUCAAAGCUAUGCAUACAUAUAUUCAUAUAUCCCCCCCCCCCGAGGUUAGCAACAGAUCUGGUACGAGAAGAGGUUUUUGUGGAAAAAUUACUUCUUUCAAAACAUCAAAGGUUAUAAAAGGCUUUUGAAGGCCAAAUACACAUAAUGCAAAAAAAAAAAAAAAGUUCACUUCUAGAGUAUUUAAAGGUGACAUGUCUUCAUUUGUACUUCUUUUUUAACCAAGCAAUACAAGAAUUCAUAACAUCAAAUAAAAACUGGCAUUCUAUUUUCCAGAAACCUGUUAAAAA